CUCCCGCAAAACACUACACACACACACACACACACACACACACACACACACACACACACACACUGUCAUGAACACAUCUCCAUUUACCUGCUGAAGACUUCACACUGCUGCACGAGUUCAAUCACAUUCUGAACAUCAUCAUCAUCAUGCAGUCAUCUGCAGCAGAGGAUGCUUUUCCCUGCUCUUCCAUCAUGAGCCUGUCUCUGCCUUUACCUGUGGAAAACCCUUGUUUGGCCACUCAAUACCACAGUUUGCAGUUGAGUCCUGUGAGCGCUGUCGGCCAAAGGGAGGAGGCUGUGGCCUCUGAUUACUAUCUCUCCCAUGUCGUCCAGUCGAAUGGUGUGUUCCCUCUGGACAGCCCGCGCAUCGAAAUCACUUCUUACGGACAUUAUCCAAAGGAGGAGGUGGGAUGGACGAGUGCUACUGAUCCCACGGCCAAGCAAAUCAACAUAGUGACGACUCUGACCCUGCCCAGUGCCGAUGCAUAUAGAGACCCGAACUACCUCAGCCCAGCCAGCAGCCUCUCAUCUCGCAGCUGUAACUCGGAUACCUCCUACGAAUCGGGCUUCUACAACUAUGACAACUCUCCCCAGAACUCACCCUGGCAGUCACCCUGUGUCUCACCCAAAGGGUCAUUUUCUGUGUCCUCCUGCCCUCAUGCAGCGGCCUUCAUUGCUUCCCCUCGCCACUCGCCCAGUGAAGACGGCUGGACUGGGCCCCUGUUUGGUUCCAGGUCCAAUUCUCCUUCCUGCAGUGUUGGAGGCCAAAGCAAGAGGAGGUACAGCUUCAGUAGUGGCCUCCCUGGGCCGAUGUCAUACUCGCCUAGCCAAUCGCCUGUAUCUUCCCCGCAAGGCUCUCCACAACCCAUCAUGUCAGAAGAUAAAUGGAUAAGCAACACAAACCGUUACACCAACUCUGCCAUUGUUGAUGCAAUCAAUGCCCUGAGCACAGAUGGCUCAGGUGACCUGGAUAAUGGGGUACCCUUGAAGUCUCGUAGGACCUGCCUGGAGCAGAACCCCACUUUGAGUCUUAAAGCAGAAUCUGUGGAAGAAAACACAGGCCAUGACGUCUACAGAAACAGCACCCAUUGGUCCUUCAAACAGGAGAGUUACUGCUCUGACUAUUUGGGUGUACCACAACACCCCUACACCUGGAUCAAAGCCAAGUCCUGUGUCAAUCUGCCUGCUCUGCCUCUGGACUGGCAGCUUCCAUCCCAUUCUGGUGCAUAUACCCUGCAGAUCGAAGUUCAACCCAAAUCUCACCACCGAGCCCAUUAUGAGACAGAAGGCAGCCGGGGGGCAGUGAAGGCCCACUCAAGCGGUCACCCAGUGGUGCAGCUUUAUGGCUAUAUGGAGACGGAGCCUCUCACCUUGCAGCUGUUCAUUGGGACCGCAGACGACCGACUACUGCGACCCCACGCCUUCUACCAGGUCCACCGUAUCACCGGAAAAACCGUCUCCACUGCCAGUCACGAGGUUCUGCAGUCGAACACCAAAAUGCUGGAGAUCCCUUUACUGCCUGAGAACAACAUGAGAGCCAUAAUUGACUGCGCAGGCAUUUUGAAACUGCGUAACUCAGACAUCGAGCUGCGGAAGGGAGAAACAGACAUCGGUCGCAAGAACACUUGUGUGAGGAUGGUGUUUCGUGUCCACAUCAGUCAACCCAACGGGAGCACAGUGUCUCUUCAAACGGCAUCCAGCCCCAUUGAGUGCUCGCAGCGCUCGGCACAGGAGCUGCCCCUGCUGGAGAAACACAGUUUAGACUGCUGCCCUUCCUCAGGAGGCCGGACGAUUCUUCUGAGAGGACAUAACUUCCUGCCAGUCUCCAAGGUGAUGUUUGUGGAGAAAGCUCAAGAUGGGCAUCAUUUGUGGGAAACUGAAGCAAAAGUAGACAAGGAUUCUUUCACAUCCACAUCACUGGUUGUUGAAGUUCCUCCGUACCGGCAUCAGCAGAUCUCUGGCCCGGUGCAGGUCAGUUUCUAUGUGUGCAAUGGCAAAAGGAAACGGAGUCAGUACCAAUGCUUCACCUAUCUUCCCUGUGGUGCUGCUGUAGUAAAGAGUGAGCCAUUUGAUAACAGUGAGCUGGUGAGGAAAUCGGUGGGAUCAGGGCUGUCUUACUGUCUCAAGCAGAGACGGACUGAUGCUGGUGUUGAAGGGGAACACGGUCCCAGCAUCCACCAGUCCACCCGCUCCAGCACUGAACUACAUGAUCUGUCUCCUGCAUCUUUCACCAAGUGCCUCAACAACCUCACCGACCACUCUUUAAAACACAGCAUGAACUCUCUGCCAAACACUUCCACACAUGCUGCCCGAUCUAACUCUCCCAAGCACGCAUGCUACAGCACCCUUCAGCCUCAGGGCAGUUCUGACGUCAGCGACCCUGGUGAUCCUCCUCUGUAUCGCAGAUGUAGUCCUUACCGACCCACUGCUGGUACGGCACAAAACCAGUGCAGCUCCGACAGCCCCCCUGCACUCAUCAGCAUCAAACGAGAGUCGCAGGAGCUUGACCAGAUGUACCUGGAUGAUGUAAACGAGAUUAUUAGAAAUGAUUUGUCAAGCAUCUCAGCUCCCAGUCACACAUAGAUUCCCGUCCAGAUGAAGAGAGGAACUUUGAACAUCUUAUGGACCUGGACUGGAUCUAACUGAACUGGAAAAUAAGGGGGUAUUUACACUUUGUUACUUCAUGUGUUUUUACUGAUUGGAUAGCUAUCUGAUCAUGAAAAGACCACGAAUGUGUCUGGUUGUUUGAGCCACAUAUGUCAAUUUUACUCCUCCCAAACGGCACUACGUCAGCAAACAGAAACAUUUUAAAAUGCAUAAAGUGUAAAUGCCCCCAAACUCAUGACCAAACGUCUCGUGUUAACAGCCAUAAAUCCAAAGUCUACAAUCUAACACCUCAUGUAAAAAAAUUAUAAUAAUUAUUUAUAUAUAUAUAUAUAUAUAUAUAUAUAUAUAUAUAUAUAUAUAUAUAUAUAUAUAUAUAUUAUUUGUUCUUGCCUUAAAUAUAAUUGCUCUUCCAAAGACUAAAGGAGGCUGUUGGUGGGACUGCAGAGUUUGUACAUGUGUUUUCUGGUAUGCAGGAGGUGAAGGUGGUUUGGCAUGUCAGUCCACUAUCAGUAGUGCCUUGUAACAAGCUUAGAGCCACAUGAAAUUUACCAUCUACCGGGAAGUCAAACAAAUCAGCUGACCUUUGAAUUUAAUCAAAAGUUUGCUUUGAGACACAUUUUGGACAGUGAUGAUUGAAAAUACCUUUAAAAUGCCUCUUAUAACCAAAUAUAAUGAUUUCUCUGGAACGCUACUUAAACUGUUGCUAGAAAGCUCUAGAUAUGUCUUACCUCUAUUGCUUUAGUUUCUCCAUUGCAUUUCUACUCUACACUUCUACCUCGCUUUUGCCUUACUGCUCUCUGCCUUUCUUUUGUAUUAUUACAUAUGAAUUUUAUUACCUAAAAUUUUUAUUCUGACAUUAUAUAACUAAUGUAGAUUUAUAUACAUGCAAUCAUAUCUCUAUUGUAGUUAACUAAUGUGCACAUUUCCUCGAAAUUCCUUAUCUUGCUUGACCUGUGCAUAUGUAAACGUUAUCUCUCAAACAACAAUAAGGUUUGAAUGAGCUGAAUUGUGAAAUGUAAUUCUGUUGUGUAAUGCUGUUUGACCUGAAUACAUGAAUGUGUGACUUUAAUAUGAAAUAUUUAUGAAAUCCAUGUUGUAUGUUUGCAGUAGGCUUUCAAUAAACAUAUAUGCAAUAAAGAACAAUAAUAAAUAAUCAUUUGAAAUUCAUAUUGCAACACUUAUUUUAUAUAUAUUUUUUCAUAAUGCUGUUUUUACAAUGAUAUGAUCAA